AUGGUAAACCUGUACGUGUUCCAUAAUCUAAUGACUAUUGCCGAAAGAGUUGCCCAGCUCCUUGCAAGGAAGUAUGAGACAAGGCUGCGAGAGCAGGAACUGGCCAUCGUUGAACUCAAAGAAGAGAUCAGGGACCUUAGGGACACGCAGGACAGAAUUCUACGGACAGUUGAUGACCAGGAACAGGCAAACCUUAAUGUAAAUGUGUUUGGCCUACCCGUGGAAAACCGUGAGAAUUUACAUAAAAAGGCAGGCUGUAGAAGAAGAGGAUCGUUGGCACUACGUAAACAUUCUCAGAGGAGGUUGGAUUUUUAUAGGGAACAAAUUGAUGGUGGCCUUUCAUUCACUUUAAUAAUUAUAUCAUGA